AUGUUACCUUCUUACUGGGAAACAAAGUUCUCCAGGAUCUGUCUGGGUAUGAAAAACGGCAAAGAAAUCAACUUCAUCACCAUCAACGUGACAGCAUCCUCCUUAUACUCUCUAAUCGCUGAUGGGCAAUACCGCCCAACCUCACUGGGCCAAGACAAAUGGAAGUCGCUGCUUCGUUCAAACGCCUCAAUGCAAUAUAACUGUAACCGAGAAGGAUUUAACGCAUUGUGUGCGGGGUCUGGUGCCAAACAACCCAGGGCGCGAAUCGGUAUCCUUGGUAACGAACAAUAUGACUGCAACAGCUGUGAUUCCAGGAUCGGUUUUGGUACUGGAGGCCAUCCGGAUUACUCGAACUCAUGUGGAAACGUGGCAGUGGGUCGAUGGGGAGCACAUAAUGGGGACAAAAACAUCAAGACUAUGGGCUACAUUCUUGUUCAAUAA